GGCCAUGGCGUUCACGUUCGCGGCCUUCUGCUACAUGCUGGUGCUGCUGCUCACCGCCGCACUCAUCUUCUUCGCCAUCUGGCACAUUAUAGCAUUUGAUGAGCUGAAGACUGAUUACAAGAAUCCUAUAGACCAGUGUAAUACCCUGAAUCCUCUUGUACUUCCAGAGUACCUCAUCCAUGCUUUCUUCUGUGUCAUGUUUCUUUGUGCAGCAGAGUGGCUUACCCUGGGUCUCAAUAUGCCCCUCUUGGCAUAUCAUAUUUGGAGGUAUAUGAGUAGACCAGUGAUGAGUGGACCAGGACUCUAUGACCCUACAACCAUCAUGAAUGCUGAUAUUCUAGCAUACUGUCAGAAAGAAGGAUGGUGCAAAUUAGCUUUUUAUCUUCUAGCCUUUUUUUACUACUUAUACGGCAUGAUCUAUGUCUUGGUGAGCUCUUAGAACAACACACAGAAGAAGUGGUCCAGUUAAAAUGCAUGCAAAAAGCCACCAAACGAAGGGAUUCUAUCCAGCAAGAUCCUGUUUCCAAGAGUAGCCUAUGGAAUCUGAUCAGUUACAUUAAAAAAUGACUCCUUAUUUUUUAAAUGUUUCCACA